UUCUAAGUUAGCUUCAGUUAGCUAAGUAUCAAACAGUUAACAGAAGAUACCGAAAGUGGCACAUCAGUUUGCAAUUUGCAACGUAAGCACAUUUUACGCUGUUACGCAGAUAACAUAAUGCAUAUGGCAUUGUUUUAAGUAAAAAGCGUCUUUUAAAUUCAGACCGACAUGAGGACAAUAACUUCAGCAGGUGGCAAUGUUGAGACUGUGAGCGUCAGAAGAACUGAGUCAGCUGAUGCGCCACAGAUCAACAGCCUCAUAAGUCCUGCCACUGUGUCAGUGUUUGGAAGGGUCAAUGUCAUUCAUCUACUGGAGAAGGCCAAUUUGGCAGUGAGCCUGAACAAUGCCACGGGUGAAGUUCUGGCCCAUGCUGCCUUCUUGGACUACCCACUCGGUGACAUGGUGGAUCAAGCUUCCUGGGAGCCACUGAUGCAUGAUCACUUUAAAGCGGAAAAAUGCACACCUUUGAACACGCUCUUCUUGCAUCUCUUUGUGGCUCAGCCAAUCUACUCUGUUGGGAGUGCAAAAGAGAUAAUAAGAACUGUCUUUCAUGCUAUCACAGAACUUGAGUACAUCUACCUGGUCACUCCAAACAAGGUCCGCAUAGAGCCUGCGCUGCUGGAGAUAUUUGAGCCGAUGGCGAGAGUCAGCAAUUCCAAGGUCCAGUGCUUAGCGUUUGUGUGCCAAAGACACAACUACUGUCCAAGGCUAUAUGUCCGGAAAGCAAGGAUCGAGGAUCACGAUGACCUCACACACAUAUGUUCAGAGCAGACCAAGGCUCUCACAGGCUCCUACGGACCCUACUUCCUGGCUGAGCUCAUUGAGGCUCAGGACGAGGGAAACCAUGCAGCCGUUUGUGAGAGUGAGGGACUGGCCGUCGGUUUCAUCAGUGUGAGCGGUGACAUCAAUUUGAAGCUGUUGAAUGAGUGUUUUGAGCUCGGGCCGUUUAAUGGCCUCUACAAGCCAUGCUCGGAAGACCAGCCUGAGCCUGUCGAAGACCCCCCAGAGGAGGGCAGUCAAAGUGUGGGGGAAUCCAAGCCAGGACACCCACUGGAGCACACAGAAAAGAGCCCAGUGGAAAAUGAAGGUAUGGCGGAUGUCCCUUGUGAAAUCUCAGAGUCUCAGAUUUCCGGUGAUGGUCAAGGACCAAGAGACUGUACAGAAACAGCAAACGCCUUCUGUGUUCAGCUAUUUGUCAUCGACAAGAAAUUUGAAAUGAGAUCCAUGGACUUUCUCCCCAACAUAUUCAAGCUCUUCCCUGACAGGGACUUCUGUGUCAUCACAGUGCCCAAGCUGGCUCCUGAGUUCCCCCUCCUCCAGAGCUUCCUCAGGGUGGUGCCACGCCACACCAGCAGUAUGCCCCAGGAGCUCUACAUCUUCCACCGCUCCGGCCUGCUCAAAACCUUCCAGGUGAGGGUGGCCGUGUCUGCAGACAGGCCUUCCAUCUGCGCCAUGGUGGAGAAGCUCCUUCUUCAUGAGUCCCUGCUGAACGACCUGGAUGUGUUCUAUCAGGCCCGCAGAGACCCGGAUGGAACUCCCCUCCAGGCGUUUGUGGCCCAAGUGCAGGACCAAGUCGUGGGCGUCAUCAUCACCAGAAACGAGGAGGACAUCGAUUCUAUCCGCGCCAACUACGACAUCGAGAACUUCAUCUACUUCAGCCACCACCGCUACGAGGAGCACGCGCAGCUGGGCCACUUCGCCCUCAGCCCCGUCUUCCAGCACUACGCCAAGCACUUCCUCAAGGAGGCCCUGCGCCUGGCCCACAAGUCCUGCCUCUACUACCCCGUCUACCCCGUCUGCCACAGCCAGAAGAACUCCUGCGCCCAUUACCUGACCUCCGUCCUGAGCGCCAUGGUUCCCGUGCGCCCGCGGCGCCAGAUUGUUUACCCUCUGGAGGACCUGGGCAUCAACGCCCCGUCCAAACAAAUCACCAAGGACCAGGUUCCAUAUGCACUCAACCACAUCAACAGGAAACUAACCAUGGAACCGAAAGUCACCAUCAAUGCCAGGAUCGUGGUGGUCGGGGCGUCAGACACGGGGCUGGCCUUCCUGGAGGUGCUUGCAUUCUGUCCACAUCUUAGGUUCAACAACAUGACUUUGAUCUCCAUGCAUGGAUUUCCAGGAUCCUACGUGGAAGAACAUAUGAGUUUUCUGUCCACAAGCCAUAGCUACAGUGAGCGCGACCACGCCCGGCUUUCUCUCCGCUCCUGGGUCAACGUGGUGACCGGCGAGAUGACGGGGAUCGACCGAGCGGCCAAACACGUGCUGCUGUCAGGGGGCAGGAAGGUCCCCUACGACCACCUCCUGCUCUGCACCGGCCAACAGUACCAGGUUCCUUGUCCCAGUGGAGUGGAUAUCAACCAGCCGACCACGAACGGCGAGCUCCCAGUUCAGCCCGGCCGCAGAUACACAGGGAAGGUCCCCUCCAACCUGUUCACCCUCAACGACCACCGCGACUGCGUGGAGGUGCUCCGCUGGCUGGAGGAGAACCUUCCGGAUCUGAAUGGCGACGUGGUAGUGUACGGCCACAGCCUGGACGCGUACACCUGCGUGGAAGCCCUGCUCUCCAUGCGGAUCCCCGGCUCCUGCAUCCACCUGGUCCGCCCGCCGUCCGAGGGCUCCUGCUUUGACGGCCCCGCCGUGGGGAAGGCCGUGGGGAAGGCCCUGGAGAAGAGCCGGGUCCACGUCCACCACGGCUGCCUGCUGGCGCAGAUGAACGACGGGCGCGACCCCGAGCCGCUCACCUCGGUGUCGUUCACCACCGCCGGUGACCCCCUGCUGCUGCGGUGCUCGGUGUUCCUGAACCUGUCCUCCAAAGGGGUGGAUUACAGCGCCUUCAAGGCCAUCAACGAUGCCUGUCUGGUGUACGACGGCCACCUGGUCAUUGACUCCACCUUCCACACCAACGACUCCAGCAUCCGCGCCGCCGGGCCCCUCACCAAGUUUGCCCGGCGCUACCACGCCGACCAGUGGUCCCACUCCCACUUCAGCUCCAGGGAGGUGGGCCAGGAGCUGGCGGGCGCGCUGCUGCCCCUGUUCGACCCCACCCUGGAGCCUGCCACCAACCCUCCGGCCGACCUGGACCGCCUCACCCCCAUGUACCAGCAGGCCAAGGUUCAAGGUGGAAAACUCCCAGGAAGAUACAAUUACCUCCAUGUUACCAAACCCCCUCUUCAGCUUCCUGCAACAGGGCCGUCAACAGGCCAACCGCAGGGCCGAGAAAUCCUGACCGGCCGCACAGAGACAGGGAACUACUUCCUCCUGCGUCUGAACCAGUACGACGUGGUGGAGACCCUCACCUGCCUGUCGCAGAAGCCCAUCCCCGUGUCCAACUUCCUGUGUCUCUAUGGGAAACACCAGCUGCUGCUCAACCGGCUUUGCUCGCGCUACGACGAGGGCCUGGUUCAUGACCUCUACAGCUAUUUCAGGGAGAAUUGGUGUUUGGCGAUAUAUCACGAUCGCUUUACGGACUUCGAACAGGAGAUGCGUCAAAUCAUGGAAUCCACAAAAGUGAAGGAUAACAACUCAGUUGUUGAGUCCAUCCCUCACUUCAUCCAGCGCUUGAUGAAUAAGACGCUGGAUGAUUCGGAGGACCCAAUGCUGAUCCUCAAAAAGGCAUUUGCUGAGAGCGGAGGGCUGGCUACUCUGAAGACAAGCACACUCAACUUCCUGAGGUACAACACAAACCAUCUGACCAUGUACGCCCAGCCUGGAGUUCUGUGAUGGAUCCAAAUAUACUAUUUUUAUUCAAUAAAAUAGAGAAAUGCUAGCCUCUCACUGUACAAACCUU